AGCUUGUGGCUUUUUUAGGUUGUUUUUCACAUGCUGAGACGAUAUUUUGGAAUGGCUAUGAAAUAUAUUGACAUUGGGGCCAACCUGACGGAUCCCAUGUUCCAGGGCUGCUACGGCGGAUCCCAGAAGCAUGUCGCCGACUUGGACAUUGUUUUGAAACGAGCGUGGCAACAGGGUCUGCAGAAGAUCAUCGUCACCGCCGGCUGCCUCAAGGAUGUGGACGAGGCACUGGAACUAGCCUCCAAGGAUGAGCGCAUCUACACUACUGUGGGUACUCAUCCGACUCGGUGCGAAGAAUUCCUACCGGAUCCAGAUGGCUACUAUGAUCAACUUAAAUCUAAGAUCAAGGCGAACCGAGACAAGGUGCUAGCUGUCGGAGAAUGUGGUCUGGACUACGACCGCCUUCAGUUCUGUGGACAGGAUACACAGAGACUGUUCUUUGAGAAGCAGCUAGAUUUGGCGGCAGAAUUCCAACUGCCCCUCUUCCUGCACAUGCGAAGUGCCGCUGAUGAUUUCAUGGCCAUCCUGGAAAGAAAUCAAGACAAGAUUAGAGAGUGCGGCGGUGGUGUGGUUCAUAGCUUUACGGGAACUCUUGAGGAGGCCCACCGCAUCCUUGCCUUCGGUGGCCUCUACAUAGGCAUCAACGGCUGCUCCUUAAAGACUGAGGAAAACGCAGAAGUAGUGCGGCAGCUGCCCAACGACAGGAUAAUGUUGGAAACCGAUUGUCCAUGGUGCGGUAUUCGUCCAUCGCACGCUGGGCAUAAGCAUGUGACCACCAAGUUUGCCACCGUCAAGAAGAAGGAAAAAUGGACAGCCGAAACACUGAUAGACGGACGAUGUGAGCCUUGCCAAAUAAGUCAAGUUUUGGAGGCCAUUGCCGGGAUCAAACAGGAGCCAAAGGAAGAUCUAGCAGAGCGUUAUUACCAAAACACCCUGGACUUGUUCUUUAGAAAAGCAGAGAAAAAGAAUAAAACUCAUUGCAUAUACAUUCAAUGCGUUUAGAUUUAUUGUAUUAUUGUUUCUCGCGUCUAAAUGCAAAUGAAUUCAAAAAUACGCAUUACAACUUUGAUUUGUUAGGUAGGUUACAUCGGUUUUUUGUUCGUUCCGCAGUUAACACACAGAACCACUUUAAGAUAAACAUUUAGACUUGUAAAUAAUUGUUGCAUAUUGCUAAGUUAAUUAACUCUUGUGAUUACGCACUGCUAUGUGGUGUAUAUAGAAUUUAUCGCCCAAAAAAAUAUAUGUAUUUGUAUCGAC